UUGUCCUGUUUCCUCACCGGUUCCCAAGUCUGUUUUCGGUAACCGCCUUCAUGUCUCCCCAUAUUACCAAGCGGGUGAAGCGCUUCAUUGCUACGUGUACAGAUGCCAGCGCAGUAGUAGCUUUGGAGGUAGCCUUGUCGGAUUGAGUUUCUAUAUGUUUUAUAGGUACGGAAUAAACACAAUGUCUCUUCUUGUUUCAAAGCCUUUCGCAUUCUCCAACUCACUUAUCGUGUUCAACCCUUUCACAUUCUCCAACUCAUUUGUCGUGUCCGCACCGGUAUUGAAGCGUGGAACCCACAGCAAAAGAGGACGCAGUCAUGGAUAUUACUGAGAUCGCAGAGUCGGUGAUAUGGGAUCGAGAAUGGACACCGUAUAAAGGCAACAAUCCAUUGUUUAUCACUCUGGUCAACAAAGCCCCCUGAUCCUGACGGGCAAAGGGGAAACCACUGGCAAACGAUACAUUCUGCGGCCUGAUCACAUGGUCUAUGAUGGAUCCCGUUGUUAUGAGCAACGAGACUUCUUAGGGUUGGGCGCGCAGGCAAGGGUUGCGCGAGUCUACGAUACAGUCUCCGGGGAAGAGUUUGCGCAGAAGGUUUUCGAGUACUCGAUCCACAAACUAGGAUACUCGACAUGGAGGCAGCAGGCAACCAGUGAGAUCGACAUCAUGCACAAGCUAAGAGAGGCAAGUCGGGUUGUGCGCCUUUUCGACUGGUAUGAGGGGAUCACGGGCAGUAUCCACCGGAUCUGCGUGGUACUUUACCCCGUUGCGAACGGCGGAUCGCUGAAAGACUGGCUCAACCAGAAGUUUCGAGAGCCGUCAUCGACAAUGACCAGAGAUGAGCUGGUGACGAUGCUCAUGAACCUCGCGUUGGGUCUGCUGGAGAUCCAUAACAAGUCCAUCCGCCACCGGGACAUCAAGCCAGGAAACAUCCUCGUCCACAACGGUGGAGUGCUGUACUCGGACUUCGGGCUUUCCCUCGACUUCGAGCCGUCGGGGAACAGCGUGACGAAUUCUCCGUAUGGCGUCCAUACGCCCGUCUACGCGCCGCCGGAAAUCCUGGCGAUGCAGCCGCGGGACCGCAAAUCGGACGUUUUCUGUUUGGGAGAUGUGUUUUUGGAGAUUCUCGCGGUGUACGAGAAGUCUCGUAGUGGUGGCUCCGGGACGAUGCUGAGGCGGGUCACAAGAUAUGGACAAGGCAACAGUUAUAGGUAUGCGGACGGGGUUGGAAAUGGCAGCAUUCAGGGCGCGCUUUAUUCAAUCUUGGGAUGGGAUGGGAUGCCUGGACUCGAAAAUGUGCUCCAGCUUAUAUCGACCAUGCUGGAAGUUGAGCUGAAGAAGCGGCCGAGUGCGUAUGAAGUGCUGACAAAGCUUGCCGGGCCAUAUGGAGCUCCUGCUGCUGCUGCUGCCGACUACGAUGACGUUGACGACGAUGAUGGCGAGGACGAGGAGGGCGAGGAGGGCGAGCAGUAGUAGCGAUUAUGAUAUGGCUAUGAAUGAUGAAAUGUAAGAACAGAUAUUGAGACCAUGGUCAGGGUGGACAGAUGUUUCGUAAGAACGAGUCCGAAGAAUAUAAUGAUGUCCUUAGUUUUGACAAUCGCCGUUAUUUCGGCCAGAUAAAUAUAACUGAAUAGAGGUUUGCACAGAUGGAAUCAAUGGACACCUCGAUGCAUUGAUAACUUGCUCUGUGUGCAAAUUCGCCGCUUGUCUGAUAUCCACAUGGCC